UUAUAAUGCAAUAUAAAAUGUACCAAUUGUGUCAAUGUAACCGAUAAUACUUUAAUACUAUAAUUUGAUUAGGGAUAGACGAGCUGGAAUGCUUAGUUCUCAACUAAUUGUGCCGUGCGUAAAAUGUAUUUUGUAAUAAUAUUUCUUUUAACGUGUGAUGCAUUAUUGAAUGUUCUGGGAUCGCAUAAAUUCGGCGCUAAUCAUACCAGACACAGAAUUCAAGAUUAUAUAGAAGAAACGAGCUUGUCACUCAGAGAUAUUUUGCCAAUAAAGCCUAAACACUAUGACAAAAACCGAGCCCCAAAAUCCCAAGGUCAACCCACUAUAGUCUAUUUUCAUGUAACUGUGUUGUCUUUGGAUUCGAUCAAUGAAGAAUCCAUGACAUACGUUACAGAUAUAUUUCUGGCUCAAAGUUGGAGAGAUCCAAGGCUGCGUCUUCCAGAAAACAUGAGCGAAGAAUAUCGAAUUUUAGACGUCGAAUGGUUGCAUAAUAUUUGGAGGCCCGAUUGUUUUUUUAAGAACGCAAAAAGUGUGACUUUCCACGAAAUGACUAUUCCGAACCAUUACUUGUGGUUGUAUCAUGACAAAACAUUAUUAUAUAUGUCGAAGUUAACUUUGGUGUUAUCUUGUGCGAUGAAAUUUGAAACUUAUCCACACGACACUCAAAUUUGCUCAAUGAUGAUAGAAAGCUUGUCUCAUACAGACCAUGAUUUAGUGUUUAUUUGGAACAUGACCGAUCCAUUAGUGGUUAAUCCAGACAUCGAGUUACCACAAUUAGAUAUUUCAAAUAAUUUUACGACAGACUGCACUAUAGAGUAUUCAACAGGAAACUUUACAUGCUUGGCGGUGGUCUUUAAUUUGCGAAGAAGACUCGGCUAUCAUUUGUUUCACACCUAUAUUCCAUCGGCGUUGAUUGUGGUGAUGUCGUGGAUUUCGUUUUGGAUCAAGCCUGAAGCCAUUCCAGCACGAGUCACUCUCGGUGUCACGUCAUUGCUGACAUUAGCAACUCAAAAUACACAAUCACAGCAAUCAUUGCCUCCCGUAUCAUACGUGAAAGCAAUCGAUGUCUGGAUGUCAAGCUGUUCAGUUUUUGUAUUUAUGUCCCUGAUGGAAUUCGCUGUGGUCAACAAUUAUAUGGGACCGGUAGCUACUAAAGCAAUGAAAGGAUAUUCCGAUGAAGAUAUUACUUCAGAAAUAAACGAAUACAAGGACAUGGAGAGACCACGCUUCAGCUCGGUGAGCCAGCCUCAGUAUGAAACAUUCUGCGAUGGAAAAAGCAUAGCUAUAUGUAUCGAUCAAUUUUCAAGAUUUUUCUUUCCGUUUUCUUUCCUAAUUUUGAACGUUGUGUAUUGGUCAACCUUUCUCUGACGUUCUAAAGGGAAACAUAAAAUAUCCUAG